CUAAUAAGUACCAAAGAGCUGAACAGUUCGACUCUGCCACAAUAUUUGCUUAGAGGAAGGUCAGGAACGGUAGAAAACAAGUACAAGCGAAAUGGCCCGCUGGAUUUCUGCAUUAUUUUUUUUCAACCACCGAUAUUCCGACGGUAGCAACCAACUUGCAAAGAAUAGUUACUAGCUAAAUACUCGUAUAUGUUUGUAGGGUAGUAAUUGACAUUCAUCUUGUUGGUCACUCGUUGAUAUUAUUGUCUAAUCGUUUGGUCGAUCGUCUUCACGGUCUGUGAAUACACUUUUAAUCGGCCGUAAAAAGGAUUCUUGACGCGGAGUUACUUAAGAGCAACGUUUCGAGCCGCAAUAAGUCACGAGUUAAGUCAAAUCACGCGCAGCGGACCAUCGAACAGAUCACGAAAAGAGAAAGAUCUCGAAGGCAUGACGGCGUCGAUAGCUUUACGUCUGUCGCUUUAUAACCAUUUAACUAUUGAUGGCCCCUGCUCUAUAAACACGAACGAAUCUAUAAGACUUGACCAUAAUUUUACUGUUAUGAUUCUGUUAUUGACCACUGGCACUUCUAUCGAAUGAAAGGGAACGACCUGUGACUGUGGCUUAUGGCAAUACACACCCUUUUGUUUCAUGGGAAAAAAUGCCAGCGAAAUCUGCUUCCUGAUUUGUACUAAACAAAUGUAGCCCGACUGUACGAUGUUGCCAGUGAAUCCCUUCUUCAACUUUUGCCGCUCUCAACUAGACCGCACAUCCUGUUUUGACCUAACUUCGCCCCGAAUUACAGUUAAGAUGGCAGUGCUCGCAAUUCUACUAGUUGUUUGUACCAAAUAUGGAUCAUUCUACGUCUGAUCUACGUAAAGAUAAAAAAACGUCGCUGUAUGUCAACUGAUACGAAGUCAAGAACGUUAUCACCUUAGUGGUGUGGCUAGCUCGCCUUUCUGCUCGUUUUGCUUCCUAAGUACGCAGAGAUGAAAACUGCUGUGAACAAAAAGUGCGGAAUUUAGCUUGAACCUCAUUUCUAACAUUAACUGUUGUAGGAUUUUAAUCAUCCAUUAUUUCCGUGAUGAACUCUAUCGCAUGAACUUUUCCAUCGUUAGCAACAAUGACGAUCGACCCGCCGACAAGCAUAUUCACCCGAGAUCUGCGCAAGACUUGCCUCUCUUUAGUCAAGCUGUUGUCAAAGGCGCAGCCUUCGUCGCGUGGCCGCACGAAGGCCGCCAGACAGCCAGUAAAGUCUAUGGGCGAGCUGCCUAUCGACGAGCGAACACGAAGGGGCUGCGCUGUACCAGAAGUGCACUCCAUUCAUUCAGCCUUGACGACGUGCAGUGAACACUCACCCAUCUUGAAAGUCCUCACUGCUACGAGCGGAGGCAGCGCCGCCUAUCGGAAGGAUGAAAGGGUCGCUUUACUGAGUACCGACCGGGGGGAGUCAACUGGCGAGGACUACCAGGACAUUGUUCGUCAGGAGCGACGUCGUCGGGAGUUGCAAAAACUUCGGGCAAAGGUACGGGCUGCGCAGGGCCGCUGGGAGAUUCAAACAAAUCCCCUUGACGUCGACUCUGAUCAAGAGAUCGACGAAAUGCUCGAUAUCUCACACCAGCGGACAAUCGGAGCUGGACCAUCAAGUCAAGGAUUGAUAGAACAGCAACAAGAUCAACUUCAACAGCAGGCGGCCAUCUUUGAAUAUCGUGCUUCUCCCGGCGAUGAGGACACGCCGCUUCAUGGAACCGGCCAAUAUGAAGACUUCCACACCAUCGACUGGCAAAGAGACAUUGCCAGAGAUCGCAUGCGGCACAGGAAUGUUAUGAAAAAACGUGGCGAUGGUAUAUGGAAUCUGUUAUGUGGUAUCCAGGACGCUUGGUCAGGAUGGUUGUGUGUCCUACUAGUUGGUAUUGCCGCAGGAAGCAUCGCUGCCGUAAUCGAUAUUGGAGCCGCAUGGAUGAAAGAUCUCCGGGAGGGCAUCUGUCCACAAGCGUUCUGGCUCAAUAGAGAACACUGCUGUUGGGCCAACGAAGCAUCAUUCGAGGGGGUGCCAUGCAAUCAGUGGUAUAAUUGGCCCGAAGUCUUCGGUUCGAAUUUGUCCAGUGACAGUUACGGCUUCUCAGUUCUACAGUGCUUGUUCUACGUAUUUUGGAGCGUGGCGUUCGCUGGCAUUGCGGCGAUGCUCGUACAUACGUUCGCUCCUUACGCGUGCGGCUCAGGAAUUCCGGAGAUUAAGACGAUCCUAUCAGGCUUCAUCAUUCGCGGAUACCUUGGAAAGUGGACGCUCAUCAUCAAAUCGGUUGGUCUUGUGCUGGCCGUAUCCGCAGGUUUAUCUUUGGGUAAAGAAGGUCCUUUGGUACAUGUGGCCUGCUGUAUCGGAAACAUUCUCGCCUACGCCUUCCCAAAAUAUGGCCGCAACGAAGCCAAGAAAAGAGAAAUCCUUUCAGCGGCAUCGGCCGCUGGCGUGUCAGUCGCUUUCGGUGCACCCAUCGGCGGCGUGCUGUUCUCCCUUGAAGAGGUGUCUUAUUACUUCCCCCUGAAGACACUCUGGCGUUCAUUUUUCUGCGCCCUAGUCGCCGCGUCGGUACUUCGAAGCAUUAAUCCAUUCGGAAAUGACCACCUUGUUAUGUUUUAUGUAAAGUACACAACACCAUGGGCCUUUUUCGAAGUGGUCCCGUUUCUUCUUUUAGGCGUAAUGGGGGGCGUGCUGGCAACCAUCUUUAUUCAGUGCAACCUCCGUUGGUGUCGUUUUCGAAAGACUUCUCAACUAGGCCAGUAUCCUAUCAUAGAGGUUGUUGUGAUAGCACUUGUGACGGCGUUGCUUAGCUAUCCGAACGAGUUUACCCGCAUGAAUACCUCAGAUCUCAUAAAGGUUCUAUUCUCACAGUGCGGCAUCGGGGACGUCUCCCCGUUGUGUGAUUAUAAGCGAAAUUUCACCAAUGUAAACACGCCAAUUGAAAGGGCAGAGGCUGGCCCACUUGUGUACGAGUCAAUGUGGCGACUUGGGGCAGCGUUGGUCUUCAAAAUGUUAAUUACGAUUUUUACCUUUGGAAUCAAAAUCCCUGCUGGCAUUUUCAUUCCCAGCCUUGCGUUCGGUGCCAUUACUGGUCGAAUCGUAGGUGUUGCCAUGGAGCAGAUUGUUUUCUACAACCCCAAUUUUUGGCUCUUUCAUACAGCCUGCUCCACCGGCGAACAGUGCAUCACCCCAGGACUCUAUGCCAUGGUGGGAGCAGCUGCUUGCCUCGGAGGGGUGACCCGGAUGACAGUGUCGUUGGUGGUUAUUAUGUUCGAAUUGACUGGUUCGGUAAAUUACAUCGUGCCACUGAUGACUUCGAUUAUGGCAGCUAAAUGGGUGGCAGAUGCAUUAGGAAAGGAGGGUAUCUAUGACGCCCAUAUCAACCUCAACGGAUAUCCAUUUCUUGACGUCAAAGAGGAAUUUGAGCACACGACAAUAGCUCAGGAUGCGAUGCAGCCCCGUCGGGGAGAAAAUAAACUCACCUGCAUUACGCAGGAUGGGACCACCGUACAGGAAAUCGAAGAACUCUUGAGAACAACAGGCCACAACGGUUUUCCUGUUGUCGUUUCUGACGAUAAUCCCUGUCUCGUUGGCUUUGUGCUCCGUAGAGAUCUCAACAUUGCUCUGGCUACGCUCUCGACACAAGACGGCGUAACAUCGGGAUCACGAGUCUUGUUCACGUCGGUAGCUCCGGUCCCGUGGAGUGGGCCGCCCCCGCUAAAGCUGACCCGCAUACUCGAUCUCGCUCCAGUAACUGUGACGGACCACACGCCUAUGGAAACCGUUAUUGACAUGUUCAGGAAGCUCGGACUUCGACAGACACUAGUCACGCGCAACGGGAAGAUACUUGGAAUUAUCACAAAGAAGGACGUGUUGCGCCACAUCAAACUUCUAGCUAAUCAAGACCCUGAGUCAGUCUUAUUCAACUAGUGAUAUCGUCUUUCGUAAGCCCCUGCGCCUUAGUCGUAUUUUAUUGUGACGACGAUGACGGUUGGCUAGGGUUAGAACGUUGUUGCCAUUAUUGGUAAUACUGAUAUUAUUGCAGCUCACAGCAGUCUCACAACUAGAAAUGAAACUAUUGUUGUUGUUGGUGUUAGUUACUUUUCAGGUGUGCAAAAUCACUUUUUCUGCUAAAGCCAGUUACACUCCCACCGGUAUAUCGAUCUAGGCUUCUUUUUGUCGAAACUAAUAUCGUGAUACGGUCUACCCCGUUUCAAUAACUAGCAACAAAAAAAA